GCGGUGACUGAGCCUCAGGGAAGCAGGUUGGUGUGUGAGAGACGCACAGUCGUCUGCAACCUCAUGACUCAAAGGCUGUCCCCCAGACACCGGAGGAAGGAGGACCUUUUCUGCUGAGUCUGUUUAGAGAGCACCACGCCGUCACAGCUCAGCACAGCCCGAAGAGAAAGCUGACCAGCCCUGGGAGCCCAGCAAUGGCCCUCCCCCGACCAUACCUAGCCUGACAAGGACUCAGUGGGGAAAGAUCCCGACUAUGACCCAGGAGAGAAAGCUGGAGAACAAUGAAAAGGAGGAAACUCUGUGACUGAACAUCAAGCCGGAAACCAGCCAGAAGGUAGACCAUACUCAACCAGAUACCUGGGCCAGCUGUGACCCUUGGUUGGGAGAAGGCUGGGGAUAUUUCUGCCUUGGAAGCCUGUUGAGGAACGCUGAGGGGUCCCAGCUCCCCUGGGCUGGCUGCGGUACAAAUGCUGGAUGACAGAGCCAGGAUGGAGAUCGCCAAGAAGGAAAAGGUGGAACAGAUCCUGGCAGAGUUCCAGCUGCAGGAGGAGGACUUGAAGAAGGUGAUGAGGCGAAUGCAGAAGGAGAUGGACCGAGGCCUGAGGCUGGAGACCCACGAAGAGGCCAGUGUGAAGAUGCUGCCCACCUACGUGCGCUCCACUCCAGAGGGCUCAGAAGUUGGGGACUUCCUCUCCCUGGACCUGGGUGGCACCAACUUCCGGGUGAUGCUGGUGAAGGUGGGAGAAGGCGAGGCAGGACAGUGGAGUGUGAAGACCAAGCACCAGAUGUACUCCAUCCCCGAGGAUGCCAUGACGGGUACUGCUGAGAUGCUCUUUGACUACAUCUCUGAGUGCAUCUCUGACUUCCUGGAUAAGCAUCAGAUGAAGCAUAAGAAGCUGCCCUUGGGCUUCACUUUCUCUUUUCCCGUGAGGCAUGAAGACAUCGACAAGGGCAUCCUUCUCAACUGGACCAAGGGCUUCAAGGCCUCGGGAGCAGAAGGCAACAACAUUGUGGGGCUCCUGCGAGAUGCUAUCAAACGGAGAGGUGACUUUGAGAUGGACGUGGUGGCGAUGGUGAAUGACACUGUGGCCACAAUGAUCUCCUGCUACUAUGAAGACCGCCGGUGUGAGGUUGGCAUGAUUGUGGGCACGGGCUGCAACGCUUGCUACAUGGAGGAGAUGCAGAACGUGGAGCUGGUGGAAGGGGACGAGGGCCGCAUGUGUGUCAACACCGAGUGGGGCGCCUUCGGGGACUCAGGCGAGCUGGACGAGUUCCUGCUGGAGUACGACCGCGUGGUGGACGAGAACUCCCUGAACCCCGGGCAGCAGCUGUACGAGAAGCUCAUUGGUGGCAAGUACAUGGGCGAGCUGGUGCGGCUUGUGCUGCUGAAGCUUGUGGACGAGAAUCUGCUCUUCCACGGAGAAGCCUCGGAGCAGCUGCGCACGCGCGGCGCCUUCGAGACACGCUUCGUGUCUCAGGUGGAGAGCGAUUCCGGUGACCGCAAGCAGAUCUACAACAUCCUGAGCACGCUAGGGCUGCGACCCUCGGCCGCUGACUGUGACAUCGUGCGCCGCGCCUGCGAGAGCGUGUCCACGCGCGCCGCGCACAUGUGCGCCGCGGGACUGGCUGGCGUCAUCAACCGGAUGCGCGAGAGCCGCAGCGAGGACGUGAUGCGCAUCACCGUGGGAGUGGACGGCUCAGUGUACAAGCUGCACCCCAGCUUCAAGGAGCGGUUCCACGCCAUCGUGCGCAGGCUGACGCCCAGCUGUGAAAUCACCUUCAUUGAGUCGGAGGAGGGCAGCGGCAGAGGCGCGGCCUUGAUCUCCGCGGUGGCCUGUAAGAAGGCCUGCAUGCUGGGCCAGUAAGAAGAAGGCUGCAAGACAGGAAGGAAGCUGUGGCCGGCUACUGGACCUGGGCUCCAGGGGACACUCUCCUUACAAGUCCCCCCAACCUGGCCCAAUAGAGAGGCUUCUCCUUGUGAGGACCUUGGAUGCCUCCCAUCCCAGCUGUCACCUCCAGAAGAUGGGGGGAGAGCCUCUGGAGUGGUUGCGGAGGGCCCAGGCAGGCCCCUUCUCUCAGGGUCAGUUGGUGAGAUAGCCCUAGGGCCCUGACUGGGUUGGGAGCAGAAAUGAACAGGAACGGAGAACCCUCAAAGUACCUCGCCUUUCUUGCUGAAAUCAAGGACCUAGAAGGAAGUUAUUCACUCAGGAUUUUGUUGCAUUUCUGCACUGCUUGUCUCUUGAAGCUUUCAGCCUGGCUCAGCCCUGGCUCUGAGAAGGGGGUGCCCUCUGGACCCUACUAUGGCCUGGCUUCCCCAUGAGCUCAGCCUGCGUGGGGAGGCAACCCUCAUCACCUGGCCAGACCUAGACCUGGAUUCCACAGGGGCCCUGGGGAGCUGCUGAUCACUCAGGUCCGGGAAAUGGAAGGGACAAGCUCCACGGUAGAGGCUGUAUGUACCCCGAGGCCUGGAGAUGGCAGCCUUUUCCCUCCCAUCCUGCCAUCCCUGAGUGGUCUGUGGUUCUGGGAUGGACUCUCACAGAAGAUGCAGGAGACAGAGUCUCCAAAGCCUCUGCCCAGAGGGGCCCAGGAAAAGGAGGAGUCCCGCCACCCACAGACAGGCCUGGGAGCAUCUCUGGGAUCCCAUGGCCCUGGGCACUCAGAAAGCCCAGUAGCACUCAGCACACACCCCAAGGGACAAGCUAGGCCUCUUUCUUCUCAGCAGACUUCCAUGUACCACACGAGCAUAUCCAUGCCCAACCUGGAACUGUGUGGGUGUUUUUUUUUUUAAUUAAAAUCUUAAAAGUUUAGAACAUGA